UCUAUCAUAAACCUAAAACUUUUCUUUCCAUGGAUCCAAGACUUGAACAAGCAGCUGAAUCUGGAAGCAUCGAUGAGCGGUAUACCCUUAUUGAUGAGAAUCCAUACAUACUUGAGAACAUUGACGCAGUACCAUUUGUGACCACUCCCCUCCACGUAGCUGCAGCUUCUGGGAACAUACCAUUCGCCAAGGAGAUGCUAAAUCUCAAGCCCUCUUUUGCCAGAAAGCUCAACACAAAAGGGUAUAGUCCGUUGCAUCUUGCUGUCAACAUGGAUCAAGAUGAGUUUGUCCGCAGGAUGAUCUGCCUUGAUGGCCAUCUUGCCCGCGUUAAAGGGAGAAACGGCAUCACACCGUUUCAUUUACUAGCGCAAAAAGGAAAUGCAGAUCUUGUGGCGAGGUGCCUUCGUGGAUCCCCUGAAUGUAUCCAAGACGAGAUUGUAGAUGUCCAGAAUGCUCUGCAUCUUGCUGUGAUACAUGAUAGAUUUGAAGUGCUCCUAGUCCUCGUCGGAUGGUUCCAGAGAAUGAGCCAAAGAGACGCUGACACCAUUGAGUAUCGUGUUUUGAAUAGAGCUGAUAUUGACUACAACACGCCUUUGCACCUUGCAGCAUCUAAGAAUGAUCGUCAGAUGAUGAGACUGUUACUGCAAUGUCGGUCGGUUCAGCGAAAAGAAGUAAAUGGUGAAAAUUUAACUUUCCUUGAUAUCUUAAGAAGCCAAAGACGGAGAGACGCAGGUGGAGACUUAAGAGAGGACUUGGAUUUGGAACAAAUUGUUGCAAAAACUUGGUUUGACAUUUUAAAAUCACCAUUCACUUUCUGGACAUAUUGCUCCACAUUCGUUAGAUGCCUAAGGACUGACACAUCGGACGAAGCUCGUGGAGUGUUCCUGAUUGUAUGCACUUUGAUAAUAACAGCCACUUACCAGACUGCCCUCCAGCCUCCCGGAGGUGUACAUCAAUGGGAUACGAAUGCGGGUUCCGUCGUGAUGAAACAGACAUUCUUCAUCCUUAUUUGGCUUUUCAACGCCUUAGGCUUCGGCUGCGCUAUACUCUACACCUUUUGUCUCAUACCACUUGGUAGUUUGUUUGUACUUUGGUUCUUUUGGAUUGGCACAUCUCUGUGCAUUUCUUAUGCUCUAGCGAUGGCAGUAAUCUCACCGCACCCUCUAGUGUUUCUCUCCGCGACCUUCGCCUUCUUCCUGCUCAUUGCUCUCUAUUUCUUGCUCGAAAAUUUCAUACGACAGUAUCGGAAUGUGUCCCCUAUGCCCCGAUUGAGCUGGUUUUGGAAGGCUUGAUACAACAUGUGUCACUUCUAUUACAGGAGAAGAGAUGAUUGAUUCUGAGAAGGUAAAUAAUGCA